AUGGGUCAAGAACAGAGCAGUGGUCACAGUAGCAGCAAAGCUUCGGAUAUUUCACCUGUCGGUGACAUUGUGGUCGUUAAGAGUGGAAAAACCACCACCAAAGAUCAACAAAUUGUCAGAGACCCUGAUAUUGUGAAACUCAACAACAUUACAACAUUCAGUCCUUUAAUGAAAGCUCCAUUAAAUAGUAAUUCUGCAACCGACUUUGAAAUAACGAACCGGCUGUAUUCUCGGCCAGCACGGGCAAUGUGUGCUAGAUAUGAGACCCAUCUUAAAUUGUGUGCCGAGGCAGUCGCCUUUGACCAGGAUGCUAUUACCCGCAGACUGAAAGAGAUCGACAACUAUUCGGCAUCAGUACUGCGAGGUGUUGGCGAAAGGCACAAAAAGUUGCAAGGACAAAUGCAUUUUAUAUCAACAGUCGAGGAUGUCAAAAGGAAUAUAGAUCGAAUUGAAAUGACAUUGCAACAGAUUAUACCUCUAAUGGAGAAAUUGAACGAGAUGCUGCCAGAGCAGGACAGAAUGGAACCCUUUUUGAAGAUGUAA